AUGCCCAUUUCACGAAGUGCACUUUGUUAUCAAAUUGACAUCGAUCUGAUGACUGGUGACGGGACCAUCGUUAAAGACGCUAAACAUCUGGUAGCUCUUUCUGCAUCUGAGCAAGAGAUGAAAAUUAUUAUCGACCUUGUGAAUUCAUACGAAAAACCAACCGAUGUAGUGGCUGUUGUUUGUUGGCGAAAAUCUUACAAAAUUGGACGAAAGAAAAAUGGAUGGAUUAUAGAAAGCUUCGCCACCUGGGAUCCAAUACAUGGUCUUAAUAAGUCCAAAGAAAUUGACAUCGCUACUUCUAUCAGACGUAAAGAUUUGUCAAGAGAACCAAUAACCAUGUCCGUUGUAAUUACAGAUAACGGGACCAAAUCUGAGUUACCAGAAAUACGGAAUAUCCACAUAGAUACUUUAACCAAAUCCAGUUUUCUUCGCUAUAUGCCAAUAUACGAUUUCACAAAUGCAACAUUGGCUAUUAUUUAUGCGGAAACGUGGGGUUAUUUGUUAAAUGGUACGUGGAACGGAAUGGUCGGGGAUUUAGUUCAAGGCAAAGCUGAGUUCGCAGGCACUGUAAUGUUCAUUACUAAAGAGCGGUUGCCGGUAUUAGAAUACAUGAACUACCCGGCGGCACCUUCAGCGAAGUUCGUGUUCCGCGAACCGUCACUAUCAUACGAAAACAAUUUGUUCCUGUUGCCAUUCAAGCCAAAUGUAUGGUAUUGCAUCAUCGGACUCGUAUUUAUUUUAAUGUUCAUUCUCUUCGUGAAUGCGCGAUGGGAGAAUGUUAAAUCAGGCAACAACAAUAAGAAGAUAGUGCGCAAAGGGCCGCUUCCUGUGGGUCGCCGGGGCGCGUCUGGAGCUGGCGCUGGACGCGGCAGCAUGCGGGCCGCCAGCCGAGCGCGAGGAGCUGCACGGUCACCUAGCAGCCCUUCGCAUCCAUCAUCCCCACCAGAAGGCUUGGUGUCGGCUGGGUCUUCUCGGAGUCAGCAAGCGGCACCCGCCGCUGGUGGAGCACGUCGCAUGCGUUGGUCACAAGCAAUGAAUGCAAACGCACUGCGGGCGUACUUUAGGGCAAAAGGGGAAGAAACUGGAUGUUUGGCGUAUCGGGCUAGGAUGCAUCGUCUUUUUGCUGAGCUGGAGCCAUCUUUAACCGUCACAGAGCAAAACCUGGCAGACCGAGUUCGGUAUAUCUUGCGCUCAAAUAUAUUUGAUGUCGCCGAACUCGAACGGCUACGACGUGAGGCUGUUCCCUCGUCGGAUGAGAAUGCUCCGGCUGAGGAUGCGGCGCCACAAAUGGUAGAGCAACCCGCAAACGUGGAUGCCGCCGUGAAUCCCCCAGUUGUGGUUGAGUCAAACGAUGAUGGAACAGUCGCCCAGGAACUGGAAUUAGAGCAUAUGAGGAGUACAUUGGAAGAGGCGAUUGUGGAAACGCGCAGUACGCCUCUCGAAAAUCGACCGCGACUUCCCCGCAUAACCCUAAGCAAGCGGAAUCAGGCUGUCGUGAGGGCUCUGAACCCAAUGCUGGUUACCUAUUUGCAAGCCAGCCGAGACCUUUGCGAGACGGACUCAAUUCUUUUUGGCGCCGCGCUGGCAGUCUGCCGUAUCAUAGGCGCCAAAGUUUCCACGGCUGGACGCGCUACUGGCCAUAGUAGCGCUAUCCCAGCAUGGAGAAGAAGAAUUGAGGAACGUAUCGCAAAGGCUAGAGCUCUCAUCGGCAGACUGAUAUGCUUCAGAUCAGGCAACAACAGGCCAAGAAUUGUGCGCACCGUCAGGAUGGCGUUUGCUGGGACAAAUGUCAGUUUGUCCCAGCCGGAUAUAACGCAAAAACUGACGGAGCGCAUAGAUGAUCUGAAGCAGAGAAUCGCUACUUGGGGAAAGCGGAUUCGGCGAUAUACCGAGAGGUCGACACGGUUCAACCAGAAUCGUCUCUUCCAGAGUGAUCAGAAGAGGCUCUAUGAAUCAUUAGAGCGACCAAUGACGGAACAUACCACACUGCAACCAAAUAUAAGCGACAUUGCUAUUUUGGUUAUAAGUGCUAUGUCACAGCAAGGAAGUUCAACGGAACUAAAAGGCUCUCUCGGACGCGUCGUGAUGUUCAUACUAUUUUUUGCCUUCGUGUUCCUGUACACGUCGUACUCUGCGAGUAUUGUGGCUUUGCUGCAAUCGACUUCUAACCAAAUCCGCACUCUAUCGGACCUCCUCAACUCCAGACUGGAACUUGGUGCAGAGGAUAUAUCUUACAACAGACAUUAUUUUUCGACUGCGACAGAACCAGUUAAAAAAGCGAUUUAUCAACAUAAGAUCGCUCCGCGUGGUUCAAAGCCAAAUUUCAUGAAAUUGGAGGACGGAGUAAGGAAACUUCAAAAGGAACCAUUCGCUUUCAAUAUGAAUACUGGGUUGGGAUACCGAUUAGUAGAACAAUAUUUUUAUGAACAUGAAAAGUGUGGUCUUCGUGAAAUUUCGUAUUUUUUAAACAACAAACCAUGGCAAGCUUGCCGAAAAGACUCUCCUUAUAAAGAAAUUUUCAAAAUAGGUGUAAUUAAAACAACUUCAGCUCAACUACGAUGCUACGCGUGCAGUUUUUCAUCAGUGGACUCAGACCAAUCCUGUCUAACAAUAACAAACUCAACAACAACCGUCGAUUGCCCUGUUACCUAUUGCACAAUUAUGCGACAAGAAUUCAUUGACCCCGCCGGAGUAGUGGCAAGUUUUACACGCGGCUGUGAACAGUCACCAGAUUUUCUAAACCAUGAAAUAACAGAUUCCACAUUCAGGACGUACUAUCGAGCAUGCACAAAUGAUUUGUGUAAUAUUGGCAAUGGGAUUCAGUCGGUGGUCGGGGGAAGCUUAUCACCAACUCCAGAAUACGACGGUAAAAAUUUACUCGUUCCAGGUACCGGCAAUGGAAUUAAUUUACAGAAUAAUUUCGUCUUGUUAAUAGUGACAUUGGCUUUAUUUUUUCUUAAAUAA